GUUUGAAAGCAAGAGAUAGAAGCGCCGCUGCCGACCGUGCAAAAAACACGGCGACGCAAGCAAUCAUGGAACACGAUGAACAAUAUUCCUCUCACUCCACCGAGUCAAUGGAGUCCGAAUCCGACUGUCGCACUUCCGCUGAAUCCGUGUCCGAAUCCGAGGACUCCGACGCAGUUACCGAUGAAGAGCAGAAGUCAGCUCCGCCGCAGAACAGCCGGCGGAAGUCGCAAAACGUAGACGCGCUUCUUAGGGGAAACCUAGAAGUUAAGCGGCAAUCGCUAUUUCCGCGAGUGUAUUCUGUGACUGAUGCAGAUGCCACUUUACGGAAGCCCUUUAAGCCUCCCUCAUCAAGUGGUUAUUCUGAGAAUAAAGAGCAGCUGGCACGGCGGCUUUCGGCUCGCAAGAGGUUUGUGCCGUGGGGAUCCACGAGGCCUGUGUUAGUUAACAUCACAAACAGGUUUAAUUCUCCAUCUACCAUUGAGGAAGAUUAUCCAGAGGAGAGUGUGUCACUGCCUCCCGGUAUCGAACCUCUGGUAUUAUGGCUGCCAGAAGAUUCCAAAGAGAAAGACAGUAUCUUUACUUCCAUAGUCGUAGAUCCAUUGCUAGUGAAAUUUCUCCGGCCACAUCAAAGAGAAGGGGUGCAUUUUAUGUUUGACUGUGUUUCCGGUAUCCUUACUGCUGCCAACAUCAACGGGUGCAUUUUGGCUGAUGAUAUGGGAUUAGGCAAGACCUUGCAAUCAAUCACAUUGCUCUACACUCUUCUAUGCCAGGGAUUUGAUGGGAAACCCAUGGUUAAGAAAGCUAUAAUUGUGACUCCCACCAGUCUAGUUAGUAAUUGGGAAGCUGAGAUCAAGAAAUGGGUUGGGGAAAGAGUGCGGCUUCUUGCUCUUUGUGAAAGUACUCGAGAGGAUGUUGUUUCUGGCAUUGACAGUUUCACCAGUCCACGCAGUCCUUUGCAGGUUUUGAUUGUCUCAUAUGAGACGUUUCGUAUGCAUUCUUCAAAAUUCAGCCAAAGUGAAUCCUGUGACCUACUUAUAUGUGAUGAGGCUCACAGGCUAAAGAAUGACCAAACAUUGACAAAUCGAGCAUUAGCUUCUUUAUCCUGCCAGCGUCGUAUUCUAUUGUCAGGAACUCCCAUGCAAAAUGAUCUUGAGGAGUUCUACGCCAUGGUUAACUUCACCAAUCCUGGAAUAUUGGGCGAUGCUGCAUAUUUUCGGCGCUAUUAUGAGAUGCCAAUAAUUUGUGGUCGAGAGCCAACAUCUACUGAGGAGGAAAAGAAACUUGGUUCCGAGCGAUCUGCAGAACUGAGUGCCAAAGUAAAUCAGUUUAUAUUGCGGAGGACUAAUGCUCUACUGUCUAACCACUUACCGCCGAAGUUAGUCGAAGUUGUGUGCUGCAAGUUGACACCUCUUCAAGCCGUGCUGUACAACCAUUUUAUACAUUCAAAAAAUGUUAAAAGAGUGAUUACAGAAGAGGCCAAGCACUCGAAGAUUUUAGCAUAUAUAACUGCUCUUAAGAAGCUCUGCAAUCACCCCAAGCUAAUUUAUGAUACAAUAAAAAGUAAGAGUCCAGGAAUGUCAGAGUUUGAGGAUUGCUUGCGUUUCUUUCCACAAGAAAUGUUCUCUGGAAGAUCUGGAAUGUGGACUGGUGGUGAUGGGGCAUGGGUUGAACUCUCUGGAAAAAUGCAUGUGUUGGCCCGAUUGCUUGCUCAACUCCGUCGGAGAACAGAUGAUAGAAUUGUUCUAGUUUCAAAUUAUACACAGACGUUGGAUCUUUUUGCUCAAAUAUGUCGAGAACGAAGAUAUCCUUAUCUAAGACUUGAUGGAACUACAUCAAUCAGCAAGAGACAGAAGUUGGUCAAUCGUUUCAACGAUCCAUCUAAGGAUGAGUUUGCAUUUCUUCUGAGCAGCAAAGCCGGAGGCUGUGGCCUUAAUUUAAUCGGUGGCAAUCGCCUGGUUCUUUUCGAUCCUGAUUGGAAUCCAGCCAAUGAUAAACAGGCUGCAGCAAGAGUCUGGAGGGAUGGACAGAAGAAGAGAGUCUACAUCUAUAGGUUUUUGAGUGCUGGAACAAUUGAAGAAAAGGUAUACCAGCGCCAGAUGUCGAAAGAAGGACUUCAGAAAGUCAUACAGCAAGAGCAAACAGAUUCUGAAAAGGGAAAUCUCCUUUCCACAGAGGAUCUUCGCGACUUGUUCACAUUUCGUGAGAGUGCAAGCUCCGAAAUUCAUGAGAAAAUGUGUUGCAACCGUUGCGAUCAACAAGGAAGCAACGACACGAGCGAGUGUGAGUCUGUCCAGCCUAAUGAAGAGACUGAUAUAGGGGGCUUUGCAGCUAUAUCCGGGUGCUUUGACAACUUAAAACCCCACGAAAAACAGGUUGGAUCUCCAAAGGAAGAGGAUUUACCUCUCUGGGGACAUCACCAUUCUCCAUCAUCUGUUCCCGACUCCAUAUUUCAGUCUUCAGCAGGAAAUGAGGUUUCAUUUGUGUUCACAAACCAAGUAGAGGGCAAGCUUGCCCCAAUCGAAUCAGCUAUCAGACCACUUGCCGACGAAGUAGACGAUCACAAAAACCAAUGGAAUGCCCGGAAAGCUUCAUCCUUACAAGCAAUAGUGCCAAACAGGCACCAAAAGGGAGCCUCAUUCAAUCUAAAGCCAACUCUUCCAAGCCCACAGUCGAAACGCGCGAAAGCUUCACAAGGUAACUCUCUUUCGACGCUCUCGUCUAACUGCUUUCGAAUUCCUUUUGGUCGACUCUCGACUGCCUGCGUAAAUGAUGCUGAUGAUGAUUUCAAAUAAUGUGUGACCAUACACAUGUUUUUGAUCAUCUUGAUGCUUAGUAAUCUCAUCUCAUCAACAAAAAAAACCACACAUGAAAUGAGCAUUGUUUCAUUAUAUAGCCAAUAGUUAAUUAGUUACUACAUAUUCGUAUAGAAAGGAAUUAUGGUGAUUUUGGAAGUAUAAGUGCAUGAGUUCUUAUUGUUUUAUUUUGUUCAAUAAAUUUUAUU